AUGUCGUCGGCGGGAGUGUUGGGUGCCGGCCUGGCAAACCUCGGUAGUUGUCACACAAGGCGGUUUUGGGUGCCACCGCGACACCCGGGGGUGGAGCGUUUCUUUCAGAACGGGCGACACUCUGUGGCUGUGGCUGGAGGCCGUCGUCUGGUUGCAGAGAGAGCCCUGGCUCCUCCGCGAUCCAUCGAGGUUCGGCCUGGGCUCCGUCGCCUUGUUCGGGACUUCGUGGGGAAAAUGUCUGUGUCUUCCUGGGUGGACCCAGGUUCCUUUUUUGGAGGCUUUUGCCUGUUCCCUUUGGAUGAGGGAUACCUCAAGGACCACAUUGUGUCCUCUUCAGUCAUCUCCAUCGAAGUCCUUAUCUCCAACUACAUCACACUAGUGGUAAAUCAGGUCUUUAGUCCAAGAAUAUGGGCUGGCAGCAGCAGCAGCAUUACUGUCAUUAUCACCAUUAUUUUCAUCUUUUCCCUCGUUAUCUUCUUCAUCAUCACCAGCAUCGCUGUCGCCAUCAUUAUCAUCCUCAUUACCAACAUCAGUGUCACCAUCAUCAUCAUCUUCAUCUCCACAGUCAUCACCAUCUUUACCACCACUGUCAUUGUCACCAUUGUCAUUAUCAUAACUGUUGCUACUACCAUAACCAUGGAAAUUCUAAGCAAGGUGAAUCCCUACGUGAGGGCAUCUGUAACAGUCUUGGCUUCUCUUCCCAAACAGACGAAGCUCAUGGAAGCUUUGGAACUUGUGAGAAAGGAGGCGGAGGAGGCUCUGACCCAGGAGGCCAACGUGAGCAAAAAGAUUGUCAUUUGGAAGGAGAAGGUGGAAAUGCAGAGACAGAGCUUCAGGCUGGAGUUUGAGAAGCAUCGUGGAUUUCUGGCCCAUGAGGAGCAGCUACAGCUGAGGCGGCUGGAGGAGGAGGAGCGAGCCACCCUGCAGAGACUGAGGGACCACAAGAACCAUCUGGUGCAUCAGAACAAGGCCCUGAAAGAGCUGGCCAAGGAGCUGGAGGAGAGGAGCCAGCAGCCAGCCCUGGGGCUGCUGGAGGGGGUCAGAGGAGCCUUGACUAGAAGCCAGGCUGUUAUGAGGCUGGAGCUAGAGGCCAUCCCCGUGGAACUGAAGACUGUGUGCCGCAUCCCUAGGAUGAGGGAGAUGCUGAGGAAAUUCCAAGUGGACGUGAAGCUGGACCCCACCACCGCGCAUCCCAGCCUCCUGCUGACCGCGGACCUGCACUUGGUGCAGGACGGGGAGCUGUGGAAGGACGUGCCCGGGAACCCCGAGCGCUUCGACACGUGGCCGUGCGUCCUGGGGCUGCAGGGCUUCUCGUCGGGGCGGCACUACUGGGAGGUAGCGGUGGGGCGGCGGGCCGAGUGGGGGCUCGGGGUGUGCUGGGACUCGGUGCGGAGGAAGGGCGAGACCACACCGGCCCCGGAGGAUGGCGUCUGGGCCAUGUGGCUGCUCAGGGGCGCCGACUACAUGGUGCUGUGCUCGCCGUCCGCGCCCGCGCUGUAGCACGACAGGCAGCGCCGCGUCGGCUUCUUCGUGGACGACCAGGCGGGCGAGAUCUCGCUCUACGACGUCACCGCCGGGUGCUGCAUCUACACUUUCCGCCAGCUCUUCGAGGGCGUUCUCCGGCCCUACUUCUUCGUCUGCGACACGACCCCGCUCACCCUGCCACCCGUGACGGACGCGGCCCCCGGGAACCCGGCCGGGGACCAGGAGCCCUAG